AUGCAUAUUGUUUCGCACGCCAUGUCUGAUGGAACUUUUCCCACUACCUUCGCAGCAAUGGCAAGAUCUGUGGACGGACCUGGAAAGAUUAGUUUUGAGCAGCUGCAUUCAGGGAUUAAAGUGGCUUGUUCAGGAUCAGGAGUAGAGGAAAAAACCUUGGUGCAUUUGUUUGGAAAUUUGGAUAAAGAUGCCGUCGAAGCAUUUAAGGGUUCAAUUCCACGCUUUAUCGAGGAGGGAGACCUCCGGUAUUACGAGAGGUUGGGGGGCCAAAGCAAGUGA